GGAACGAGACUUAAAACCGGACGCGAAGUCAAACGAGAUUUUAAAAUUUACAAAAUGCAGGGCCAACAAAACAUGCCGAUGCCCCCGGGCAGUGAUUUUGGUCUCCAGGCGGCAAGAGAAAGAGCACUGCGAUCUGUCUUCGUGGGGAACAUUUCUUACGACACAACUGAGGAACAAUUGAGGGAAAUAUUCAGCCAAGUUGGACCAGUCAUUAGCUUCAGGCUGGUAUAUGACCGAGAAACUGGGAAACCAAAAGGUUAUGGAUUCUGUGAAUAUGAAGACGUUGAAACUGCACAGAGUGCUAUGAGGAACCUCAACAACUUUGACCUGAGUGGACGUCCUCUGAGAGUU